CAAAGUUGGGAGUAAAAAAUAGUUUCAAGGAAAUGAAAGUGAAACAAAACGCCACAUCACACUGUAAUGAGCCAUAUAACGAGAACAACCCCGUUAUAGUCAUUCACACUCGAGCCACACACUGAGCAGGUCUGGUUUAACCCACGGGCACAUUCCUCUUUAGAAAUGUACCAACAGCAGUCCUACUCCUGGGAGGAAGAUGACUUUCAGCUUCCGUUUGGAGUUGAGAAAAUUGGCCAUGAAAAGCCAAAUUGCGGUCAGACCUACGUCAUGUACCACGGCACCACCAGGACCAUAGCAACGGCAAUCAAGCGCAAUGGUUUCAAACAGUCGGCGGACGGGAUGCUGGGCCGUGGCGUCUACCUCAGCCGUGACCUGCAAAAGGCCAGCAGGUAUCCCAUCGACCCUGCUCUACCUGACUCAGAGCGGGUGGUGUUCAGGGUGAAGGUCAACGUGGGGAACGUGAUCGCGAUUAACCGCCAGCGCCAUCCUCGCCAGAAGAACUGGCACGAUUACCGGUACGGGGAGGUCUUCGACACUGCCUGGUGCCCCCCGAACUGCGGCAUGACGCCGAGCGGCUUGGAGGAGAACUGCGUCUGGGACCCAAACCUCAUCAAGAUAGACAGGUGUAUCGCUCCAACCCCGGCCCCCUUAAUGCAAGGGCCUACCGUGGCUGAAGCCCCAGGGUCUAUGGCUGAAGCCCCAGGGGCGAUGAUGAUCAUGGGCAUUGGUAUCAUUUUAUUAUUUCUUUAUUCUAUUUUUGCCUACAGCACCUCGCAGCAGCACACGGAGCAGGGGAGCGUUCACGACCCGCUGUUGAAGAGGGACCACCGAUUGCUAACGGCUAUGAUUGUGUUUUGCAGGCACAUUCCUAUUCAUAAAAUGUACCAUCAGCUGUUCAAGUCCUUGGAGUACGCUGACCUUCACCUUCGAAAUGGGUUAGACAGAAUUGGCCCUGAACAGCCAAACUGCGAUCAGACCUACGUCAUGUACCACGGCACCACCUGGACCAAUGCAACGGCCAUCCAGCGCGAUGGAUUCAAACAGUCUGCGGACGGGAUGCUGGGCCGUGGCGUCUACCUCAGCUGUGACCUGAAAAAGGCCAGCAGGUAUCCCAUCAAAACUCCUGACUCAGAGCGGGUGGUGUUAAUGGUUGAGGUCAACGUGGGGAACGUGAUUGCGAUUAACUACCAGGGCCAUCCUCGCCAGAAGAACUGGCACGAUCGCCGGUUCAAGGAGUCUUACGACACUGCCUGGUGUCCCCCGGACUGCGGCAUGACGAAGAGCGGCUUGGAGGAGGACUGCGUCUGGGACCCCAGCCGCAUCAAGAUAGUCAAGUGUAUCGCUCCGAUCACGAGGUCGGAGGGGUCGGAGGGGUCGGAGAGGUCGGAGGGGUCGGAGGGGUCGGAGGGGUCGGAGAGGUCGGAGGGGUCGGGGGGGUCGGAGAGGUCGGAGGGGUCGGAGAGGUCGGAGGGGUCUGAGGGGUCCGGGGGGUCGGAGGGGUCCGGGGGGUCGGAGGGGUCGGGGGGGUCGGAGAGGUCGGGGUGGUCGGAGGGGUCGGAGAGGUCGGAGGGGUCGGAGGGGUCAGGGGGGUCGGAGGGGUCGGAGGAGUCUGAUUCUUAA